ACUUACGCCUUGUUUGGAUAGAAAAUAGUAAAGGGAAGGGAAGGGAGGGGAAUGGAGGAAAAUAAAAGGAAAUGGAGGGGGAGGAAAAGAAAGGGAAGGAAAGAAAAUAGAAGGAAAUGAUUUGUGUUAAUUUUGUUUGGAUAAAUAAAAAUGAGGAAGGGGAGGAGAAGGGAAGAAUUGUAUUAUUUUAUGUUUGGAUAGUUAAGGUAAAAAGAAAGGAAGGAAGGGAAGGAUUUAAAUUAAUUUUAAAUUUACAAACUUAUCCUUUAAGCUUGUAAUGGAGAAGGAUAUAAUAAAAAAAUUAAGGUUAAUUUUGUAAUUAUAUUUAACUUAAUAUAAACAGCCACUCAAAUCCCUCUCAAACCUCCCAAAUCGGACGGAUUGCAAAUCUGCAGAUUCGAGGGGAGUUGGAGGGAGUCCGAAUCAGUCCAUCUCCCUCCCCCUCUACCUCUUUGGAAACCCAAACAGGAGGAAGGAGAGAGCUCCCCUCACUCCCCCUCCCUUGCCAUCCGUCCCCAUCCCUUCCCCUCCCUCUCCGUCCGACACCUCCAAUCCAAACAAUACCUUAAGGUUAGCAUAGAACAUUUGUAGAAACUUUCUUCAAAUACUUAAGUAUGAAUAGUUCUCUAAAGUAUUCUCUUCUUCUUUUCCAGCUUUUCUUGUUUCCCCUUCUUCCAUUGAAGAUCACAGCUUCACCAGGAACACAGGCAGAAGCUCUUAUACAAUGGAAGAAUAGCUUGUCUUUUUCACCCUCGUCUCUAAAUUCUUGGUCCAUUAACAAUAUUGGCAAUCUUUGCAACUGGACUUCUAUCACCUGUGACAACUACACCAGAAUGGUGUCUGAAAUCAAUCUUGUUAGUGCAAAUAUCACUGGAACAUUAGCCCAGUUCAACUUCACCUCAUUUUCUAAUUUGACCCGCUUUGACCUCCACAAUAAUAGUCUUGUUGGAUCAAUUCCACGAACCAUUGGCAGCCUGUCCAAGCUCACUCAUCUAGACUUGAGCAACAACAAUUUGGUAGAUAUUGUGCCAGUAGAGAUAGAGCAGUUGAUGGAGCUUCAAUAUCUCAGCCUGUUCAACAACACUCUCAACGGUAGCAUCCCUUAUCAAGUUAGUCAUCUUCAAAAGGUAUGGUACUUAGACCUUGGAUGGAAUUACUUAACAGCUCCUGAUUGGUCCAAGUUCUUAGACAUGCCUUUGUUGAUUCACCUUGGAUUUUCAUCUAAUGAACUAGAAUCAGAUUUCCCUCCUUUCAUCAUCAAUUGUUGGAAUCUUACUUUUCUAGACUUGUCAACCAAUUCUUUGACUGGACCUAUACCCGAAUCAGUGUUCACCAAUUUGAUUAAGCUUAAAGCCUUCAAUCUUAGUCAUAAUUCUUUCUUGGGUCCUUUUCCAUCAAACAUUUACAUGCUUUCUAAGCUUGUAGCUCUUCAGCUCGGAGCCAACCAAUUUAGUGGCCCAAUUUCUCAAAGUAUAGGUCUCUUGUCUAACCUUGAAAUUUUAGAAUUACAUGAAAAUCCUUUGGGGGGUAACAUUCCGUCAUCAUUAGGUCGACUAAAGAAACUCAAGAAACUUGAUCUUCAUUCUAGUUCCUUAAAUUCUACCAUUCCUUUAGAGCUGGGUUUUUGUACCAAUCUCACCUUUUUGGCCUUAGCUGGGAAUCUGCUCACUGGUCAAUUACCUCUGUCCUUCUCCAACUUGGUUAGAAUCUCUUAUUUGGAUUUGUCCACAAAUUUCCUUUCUAGUCAAAUCUCACCCUUUCUUAUUGGCAAUUGGACCCAAUUGAUCUCAUUGCAGCUUCAAAACAAUAAUUUUACUGGUAAGAUUCCAUCUCAGAUUGGCUUAUUGACAAAGCUAAGGAUUCUUUGUUUGUAUAACAACACGUUCUCUGACUCUAUUCCCUCCGAGAUGGAGAAUUUAAAGAAUCUUGAAGAGUUGGAUCUUUCAAAAAACCAACUUUCUGGCUUAUUUCCUUUAAGUCUUUGGAGUCUCACAAACCUUCAAAAGCUGCAUCUUUCCAAUAAUAAUCUCACUGGAACAAUCCCUCCAAUGAUUGAAAAUAUGGUAUUUCUUCAGUCUUUAAUACUUAACACAAACCAAUUCUCUGGUGAAUUGCCAGAGAAUAUUUCCAAGCUUACCAAUUUAGAAGUUAUCUGUCUGCUCAGCAAUAAUUUCUCAGGUAGUAUCCCUAAAGAUUUUGGGAAAUAUAGCUACUCUUUGAGGGUUGUGAGCUUAGCAGACAAUAACUUCUCUGGAGAACUCCCACCUGAAUUGUGCAGUGGUCUCCUCCUUGAAAAUAUCACUGUCAAUGGCAACAAGUUCACUGGGUCAUUGCCAGCUUGCCUUGAGAAUUGCACAUUGUUAAUAAGGGCUCGGUUUGAAGGGAACCAAUUUACAGGUGACAUCACAAAUGCAUUUGGGGUUCAUCCAAACCUAUAUUUUAUUUCUUUGAGUGACAAUCAAUUUACUGGUGAAAUUUCUCCACAAUGGGGGGAAUGCCACAAUCUCACCAAUCUACAAAUGGAUAGAAAUAGAAUUUUUGGCCAAAUACCUGCAGAGCUUGGUAAAUUGAACAAGUUGGGUAUUCUUAGUCUCAACUCCAAUGAUUUAUUUGGGAAUAUUCCUGGUGAAUUGGGAAAUUUAAGCAUGUUGUUCAAUUUAAGUUUGAGCAAGAAUCAUUUAACUGGAGAGAUACCUCAUGAUAUAAGGGAUUUACAAGAUCUUGUAUAUCUUGAUUUGUCAAAAAACAAAUUGAUUGGGAGUAUACCAGAAGAGUUUGGGAAUUUUAAAAAGUUACUGAGCUUGGAUUUAAGCCACAACAAUCUAUCCGGUAGCAUCCCACAUGAGCUUGGAAACCUAAUUUCAAUUCAAAUCACACUUGAUCUAAGCAGCAAUUCACUUUCAGGUGCAAUCCCACAAGAUCUGUCAAAGCUUGCAUCACUAGAGAAUCUUAAUUUUUCACAUAAUCAUCUCUCCGGCACAAUCCCAGCAAGCUUUUCUAGUAUGAUUAGUCUCCAUGUAUUUGAUUUCUCUUAUAAUGAGUUGACAGGUCCAAUUCCAACUGGUAAGCAGUUUCAAAAUGCUUCUAAUAAAGCCUUUAUUGGAAACUCAGAUUUGUGUGGAAAUGUUGAUGGAUUAAACCCUUGUAAUUCAAGUUCUAGUAGUAGCAAGUCUAGCAAGAUUAACACAAGGAUUCUUAUUGUUGUCCUUGUUCCGAUUUGUGCCCUUUUCCUUCUAAUAUCAAUUGUUGUGAUGAUUCUAAUGCAUUGCGGUUACAACAAACUACGUGAUGAGAAGGCUAAAAGUAGUAAAAUGUUUGAGAGUUUUGAGACAAUGAUACGGGGAAGGGAAAGGAAAUUUACACUUGAUGAAAUAGUAAAUGCUACAGAAGAUUUUGAUGAGAAGUAUUGCAUUGGAGAAGGAGGAUUUGGAAGUGUUUACAAAGCCAUGUUGUUUGAAGGUCAAGUAGUUGCCGUCAAAAAACUCAAGAUGUCAGAGUCCAAUGAUAUUCCAGCUACAAAUCACCAAAGUUUUGAGAAUGAGAUUCGUGUUUUGACAGAAGUUAGGCACCGAAACAUCAUCAGGUUGCAUGGAUCAUGUUCAAGAAGAGGAUGCAUGUAUUUGGUUUAUGAGUAUGUUGAGAGAGGAAGUUUAAGAAAUCUAUUGUAUGGAGUUGCGAGUGAAAUGGAGUUGGGAUGGGUGGCAAGGUUGAGAAUUGUGCAAGGAUUAGCUCAUGCCCUUGCAUAUUUACACCAUGACUGCUUUCCCGCCAUUGUUCACCGAGAUAUCUCUUUGAAUAACGUCUUGCUUGACUCUGAACUCGAGCCAAAACUCUCAGAUUUUGGCAUUGCGAGGUUACUAGAUCCAAAUUCUUCCAACUGGACAAUAGUUGCUGGAUCUUAUGGUUAUAUGGCACCAGAGCUUGCACUCACAAUGCGAGUGACAGAUAAAUGUGAUGUUUAUAGCUUCGGUGUCGUAACAUUAGAAGUUAUUAUGGGGAAGCAUCCAAGGGAGCUUCUAAACUCUUUAUCAUCAUCAACAUUUUCAUUAGAAAACAAAGAACUGCUUCUGCAGGAUGUGCUAGACCCUAGACUACCAUCUCCCACUGGCCAAAUAGCAAAGGAAGUUGUGCUUGUUAGCAAGUUAGGAUUAGCAUGCAUGUGUAUAGUUCCAGACUCUCGACCCACCAUGCAUUUUGUGGCACAAGAAUUGUCAAAAAAAACACAAGCCUGCUUGGCUGAACCACUGGAGACAAUAACCAUUAGCAAGCUUACUAGCUAUCAGAUAUAGAAUGAAAAAUAGGAUCUUGUCUACGUUGCAAUUAUAGGCAUUGCCAACCAAAUCAAGGGUUUGAACUUUAGUCUCUCUUCAUAAAUAAGAUUUUAGAGAAUCCUCUAUGUGUACCAAAAUGUAUUAUAUAGCACCUCAAUAAGGGUCCCUUGCUCAA